AUGAGGGACUGCCCUGUGGUACACCUCGAACACAAGGACCUCUGGAAUCAAUUCAAUAGCAUUGGAACCGAAAUGGUCAUCACUAAAUCUGGGAGACGAAUGUUCCCGCCGUUUAAGCUCACAGUUUCUGGAUUGGACAAGAAAGCCAAGUACAUCCUCUUGAUGGAUAUCGCACCUCUGGAUGAUUGCAGAUAUAAAUUCCACAACUCGAAAUGGAUGGUUGCCGGAAAAGCUGAUCCCGAGAUGCCCAAACGGAUGUACAUACACCCGGACUCACCAUCCAAUGGUGAACAAUGGAUGACCAAGCCUGUCUCAUUCCACAAACUCAAACUUACCAACAACAUAUCUGACAAGCAUGGCUUCACCAUCUUAAACUCCAUGCACAAGUACCAGCCGAGGUUUCACGUGGUAAGGGCAAAUGACGUCAUGCAGAUGAGUCUGCAUGCAUUUCGCACAUUUCUAUUUCCUGAGACCCAAUUCAUCGCAGUCACCGCCUACCAAAAUGAUAAGAUAACUCAAUUGAAGAUUGACAACAAUCCGUUCGCGAAGGGCUUCAGAGAUUCCGGAAGUGGUAGACGAGAAAAGAAGUAA